AUGGACCCAGAGGACGCCGACGGGAAGGAGAGAGGAGCCCAGAAACACCCUGCAAGGAGAACAGCAGAGAGGGACCGGGGGGCCAAGCCGGAGGGCAGCCUCGGCCUCGGGGACAAGGAGGUGGUCGCCCACGACAGCAAGUUCAAGAUGCCCAAGUUCAGGAUGCCUUCCUUCUGCACGUCAGGGGCAGCCAUGGAGGCCUCAGGGGACGUGUCCCUGCCAAACGCUGAGGCAGACGUGUCCCUGCCCUCCAUCCAGUCUGACGUCAAGGCCAGUGACCUCAGUAUCGAGCUGCUGUCUGCCGACAUGGACAUCAAGACAGGCGAGCUGGGAGUGAAGCUCCCGGAGGGCCACCUCCCUGAGGGAGAGCUCGAGGGACCCUCCUCCGGAAUGGGGUUCAAAGGGCACCUGCCCAAGGUGCACAUGUCCAGCAUGAAGAUGCCCAAAGUAGACUUCACGGGCCCCCAGGUGGACAUCAAGGGGCCCAAGCUGGACCUGAAGGGCGCCAAAGGGGAGGUGUCGGCCCCAGACAUGGAGGUUUCGCUGCCCAGUGUGGAGGUGGACAUUCAGGCUCCGGGCGCCAAGCUGGAGGGAGACAUCGUUCUGGGGGACACGGAGGUGGCCACCAAAGACAGCAAGUUCAAGAUGCCCAAGUUCAAGAUGCCUUCCUUCGGUGCAUCUCCACCAAGCAAGGAUUGGGGAACAUCAGUGGACGUGUCUAUGUCCAACACCACAGGGACGGCCACUCUCUCGCUCAUAGGAGGUGAGAUUCAAGGCCCAGAAGGCAGUAUCCACCUGCCAUCUCCUGACCUCGAGCUCCCUGGCGGAGAGGUGGAGGUCCCCUUGCAGGAAGGAGAGGUGACGCUGGGGGAGCUGAAGGGCAAAGUAGAAGGGGCCAGGAUCAAAGGCCACCUGUCCAAGAUGCAGAUGCCCAGCAUCAAGGUGCCCAAGGUGGACAUCAAGGGGCCAAAACUGGACCUUAAAUGUGCCAAAGGGGAGGUGACUCCUCCUGACACCGAGGUGUCGCCAUCCCGUGUGGAGGUGGCUAUCCAGGAGCCACACGCCAAGGUGGUGGGUGCCAUUGGCCUGGAGGACAAGGAGGUGGCCACCCGAGAGAGCAAGUUCAAGAUGCCCAAGGUCAGCAUGCCGUUCUUCCGACCAUCAUCCAGUAAGACGUACUCGGUGUCGGCGCCCGCCCAUGGAGGUGCCACUACUGCAGAAGUGACUUCCUCUCCUGACAAAGUGCGUACAGCUGUUGACUCAGCUGAUCAUUCUGUUUCCACGGGCGACGCGGGUUGGGAGGACGCCACACGUACGAAGUGCCAGGUGUCUCUCCCCAGAGCCAGCGUCUCUCUAGAGAUGCCUCGGGAAACCCCCUCUGAGUCCAAGAGGGGUGCGCCCCAGUUCGGCGCCCCCCGUGCUGCCGACCUCCCAUCCUGGGAGCCCGUUCCUUCGUCCCAAACUGACAGCCGCCCUGGCCCUGCGGACCCCCCGGUUCACACGUCUUAUGGCCGCGUGACUUUUCCUAAAUUCCAUCGACCAAAGUUCCGGUUUUCAGUCGCAGUGGCAGCCGAGGCCGAGGGAGAGCCCCGCGCCCUGGAGGGUGCCCCCUCCCCUCGCAGCCCCACACAGUUCCUGGACUCUGAGGAAGCCACAGUGUUCCUGGGCUCAGCCACUCCGCUGCCACCUGCAGACGUCUCCAUGUCCAGGGGCACAGAAGAGCCCACGGGUAGUGCUGGGACAUCUGCCAUGGCUGCAGGGGGGGUGCCCGUGGGCGACGUGGCAGCCGGAGCCGAGCGGGUUAGCUCGCAGGACAGCUGGUUCAGGAUGCCCUCGCUCCGCCUGCCCAGCUUCUGGCGCUCCUCGAAGGAGCAGGGGGGGCCGGGGGCACCGCGGGAAGGGGAGGCCCCCGCUGCAGCCAAGAGUCCAGGGGUCUGUGCUCCUGGGUCAGAGGCAGAGGCAGCUGUGGCCCCAUCGCCCCCAGAGGCAGAGGCAGAAGCAGAGGCGGAUGCGGCGGAAGCUCUCAGGGGAGGUCUGCACAGCCCAGCCCCAGGCUCGGAGCUGCACCUACCUCCUGCCAGCAUGUCCCCCGAUGAGCCUCCCACUUCCCAGGCCCGGGUGGGGCCCGUCGAAGGCCCCCUUUCCCUUCAGACGCCUGGAGGGAGACUUUCAGAAACCCAAGCUCCUGCCAGAGGGGCAGGGAGCACUGAGCACCCGUCUACCCCACCGGAAGGCCCUCUCAGACUGAAGGCUUCGAGGACAGACGUGCCAGCCCAAAUCUCCAUCGUGGGUCGGGUCUGGGAGGACUCUGUGCUCACUGUCAAGUUCCCCAAGUUAAAGGUGCCCAGGUUCACCUUCCCCGCACCCAGCUGCGAGGCCGACAUCUUCAUCCCCCCGGCUGUGCGAGAGGUGUGGUGCCCGGACAGCAGCCUGGAUCUGGCCCUGAGCAAGGAGCAGCCUGGGGUGUGGGGCGUGAGCCUCCUGCAGGCCGGCGCUGUGGGCCCCGGGCAGCAGCCAGUGGCCUUGGACCUCCCCGCGGAGGCCAGCCCCAUUUCCAAGGUCAGAGUCCACAUUCAAGGUGCCCGGGUGGAGAGCCGGGAGGUCACCAUACACAGCAGGGUCCUGGCAGAGCCUGCUGACUGGCCGGGACCCCAGGCUGGCUCCACUCAGAUCGCCCGGGAGUCAGAGAUCCCAGCCUCCGAGGUCCAGACGCCUUCUUACGGGUUCUCCUUGCUCAAGGGGAAGGUCUCCGAGAGCCCCUUGCGGGCCCAAGUGCAGGUGGUCACUCAGGGCAGCCAAGCCGCUUCCCAAGGUGACCGUGCAGCCCUGGGAGCUGACCGGGGGCCUGGAGCCCAGCAGCCCGACACAGAGACGUUUGAAAUCAUCUUCUCUGGCACCGACGAGGGACCCCAGACGGCCACGUCGGAAGGGAGCUCGGGCCUCCAGCCUGCAGACAGCGGUUUCGACGACGAGGAGCCCGCGGAAAUCCUCGAAUUCCCCCCUGAAGAAGCCCGAGAGGGAGAUGGGGCUGCCGGGGAGAAGCCGGAAAGCAAACGGUCCUCCGGGCGGUUCCGGUUUUGGCUUCCGAGCAUCGGGUUCUCCUCCGCGGCGGCCGAGGACACCAGCACCGCAGCCACAGAAGAGGAACCAACACCGGCUCCGGUCCAAACGCAGCCCGAGGCCCGCCCGGCGGCCGAGCUGCCCAAGAAGCCGGAGAAGGCGGGCCCUGGGACGGCAGGAGGCAGCGUCCACAGGGACAUGAGGUCAGGUGGGGAGGAGGCCGGGUCCCUGCCCGUGGUGGGUGGGGUCAUCCAGGUUGGGGGACUGGGACCCCCUAGAGGGGAGCUGACAGCAGGUCCCUGA